AUGCGCCGCGAGCUGGUGCUCACGAAGGCGGAUGCGUUGGAGGGCCAGCGCGACCUGAAGAGGAAGAUCAAUGACGUGCGCGACGAGGCCGCCCGGCUCCUCGCCAAGAAGGACCGCGAGCUCGAGAAGGUCACCAAGGAGCUCGCCGAUGUCAACAAGACCGUCCAGAAGCAGGCCGAUCAGAUCAAGGCCCUGCAGAAGCACGCCGAUGUCCACAAGUCCCUCCAUAAGAAAAUCGACGCGCUGGCGGCGCAGAUGAAGACUGUGGUGCAACGUCGCCCGCCCCCACCACCACCGCAGCAGCAGCAGCCGUCUAGCUCGAAGCAGACCGACGUGAAGGCCCCGGAAGCGCAGCCUCGUCUCGCCCGCGCGCCCUUGCCCGUCGCCGUCGCGCUCCUCAACAAGCGGAUGCCGGAGAAGGAGCUGCGCCGCUCUCUUCGUUCCGCGAGCGUCGUGGCCACGGCCCGCCUCACCACGAAGCGCCCCGAGCCGCCGCGCCCUGCUGUCGCUGCCGGACCUGCUGCCAAGGUGAUUCGACAGAAG